AUGGAUCACAUCCACCCUUUGACCUCCACCCUACUGUCUGGCAUUGAAGAUGGUGACCUGUACGAUGGAGCUUGGUGUGCCGAGUAUAAGGACCAGCACCAGUGGCUUGAAGUGGACGCCAUCCAUCCCACUUUGUUUACAGGAGUCAUCUUGCAGGGCCGAAACUCCAUCUGGAGUUGGGACUGGGUCGAAACCUACAAAGUUCAUCUGAGUAAUGACUCUGUAAACUGGCAGAUGUGCAUGAACGGGACAGAAGAGGCGAUUUUUCAAGGCAACCAGAAUCCAGAGACUCCCGUUCUUGGGCUUCUUCCAGUUCCCACCGUGGCCCGAUUCAUUCGCAUCAACCCCCAGACCUGGUACUCCAACGGGACCAUCUGCCUCAGGGCUGAGAUUCUUGGCUGCCGUGCUGACGCAGACAUUUAUUCCACAGAGCAAGAAAAAGGAUCAAAAGAUGAUCUGGACUUCAAACACCACAACUACAAAGAGAUGAGAAAGCUCAUGAAGUCUGUGGCUGAGGAUUGUCCAGACAUCACCCGCAUCUAUACGAUAGGGAAGAGCUACACGGGCCUCAAACUCUACGUCAUGGAAAUAUCAGACAACCCUGGCAAACAUGAAUUUGGUGAGCCCGAGUUCCGCUACGUGGCAGGGAUGCAUGGAAACGAGGCCCUCGGUCGAGAGUUGGUCCUGAAUCUCAUGCAGUACAUGUGCAAAGAAUACAAAAAGGGCAACCAGCGUGUCGUACGACUGAUUACUGAAACAAGAAUUCACCUUCUGCCCUCCAUGAACCCUGAUGGAUAUGAAGUAGCUUAUGAAAAGGGCUCAGAACUGGCCGGCUGGGCUGACGGACGAUACAGCUUUGAAGGAAUCGAUCUGAAUCAUAACUUUCCAGACCUCAACAACAUCAUGUGGGAUGCCCAAGAAAACGCAGCCGAUAAAUCCAAAGUCUCAAACCACUACAUCCCCAUCCCAGAAUACUACACUCAGGAAGACGCCAUAGUUGCACCAGAGACACGAGCCGUCAUCAGCUGGAUGCAGGAUAUUCCCUUCGUGCUCAGUGCCAACCUCCACGGUGGAGAGCUGGUUGUUACGUAUCCCUUCGACUGCACCCGAGACUGGGCCCCCCAGGAAAACACCCCCACUGCAGACGACGCAUUCUUCCGCUGGCUGGCCACCGUCUACGCUUCGACUCACCUGGUGCUGGCCAACCCUGACCGCCGCAUCUGCCACUACGAGGACUUCCAGGCGCACAACAACAUCAUCAACGGAGGAGCCUGGCACACCGUCCCCGGCAGUAUGAAUGACUUCAGUUACAUGCACACCAACUGUUUCGAGGUGACGGUGGAGCUGUCCUGUGAUAAGUUCCCUCAUGUCACUGAGCUCUCCGCUGAGUGGGAGAACAACAAGGAGUCUCUCCUGGUUUACAUGGAGCAGGUUCACAGAGGGAUCAAAGGUGGCAUCAGGGACAAACUCACUAAGCAAGGAAUCGCAAACGCCAUAAUCAAGGUGGAGGACCACGACCAUGACAUCCGAUCAGCUGCUGAUGGGGACUACUGGCGUCUGCUGAACCCUGGCGAAUACAAGGUGGUAGUUUGGGCAGAAGGUUACUUUCCAUCCAUGCGUCGCUGUCAUGUCGGCAUGGAGCCACAUCCUACAAUCUGUGACUUUACCCUCACCAAAACGCCGCUUCAGAGAUUGAAGGAGAUUCGAGCCAGAGGAGGGAAGAUCCCACGGGACCUUCAGCUGCGGCUGCGUGCUCUCAGACUCCGUAAGCUACGCGCCAGCACCAAAGCCAUUAACCGCCGCAGGGAGAGACAGCGACAACAGACGAGGAGAUCUGUCCCCUCCUGAGAGGAGCUGGGAGCGCCUGGAAAUGACAUGGAGUUCAGUUUGAAGAUGUCAAACGUUGCUCUGGGAAAAAAAAUGACAUAUUUUAAAAACAUCAGCUGAGCCAAAAUAACAGAAGAAAAUACAGAUUCUAUGUAAAACUUUACGUUUUAAGAGAUUUUUCCAGACGCCAACAAAACUUUUGUAUU